AUGUACCAGAUGCAAAGUAUUUUGACAGCAUGUUUUGCUCCAGAUACUAUGAAACCACAAGAUUGGUUUGAAUUAAAUAGCACUCAUGAACUCCUCAGUGAGUUUGAACAUGUAGAACUUAAAAAGAUGUACCAAGACAGACAAAACUUACCAUCACAUCUAAAAGGUAUAUAUGUUCAUAAGUUCCUAGUUAGUUCAAUAGCAAUGUGGGCUUCACCUCGUUAUGCAAUCUACAUACUUAUGCUACUUGACGAACUUUGUACAAAGCAGAGAGAAGAUAUGAUGAAAGAAGACAAAAACAUACAGAAAAGAAUACCACGUUCGGUACCAAAAGGAAAGGAAAAGAACUAUAAGUAUAUGAUUUAUACUGAAGAGAUGGAAAAUGAAGAAGACAGAGAUAUGGUUAUGUUGCAUUUAGUCAGAAGAAACAACAAAAGCUUUUACGACCUUGCUAAGAUUUACAAAUCUGACAGAAAUUGGUUCUAUCGCGAAAACUUACCGAUUUCAAUGACACCGAAUGAAGAUGUGAAACAAAUAGUUCAAGAUACUUUACCUCAAACACACUAUGAUAUUAAAGGUUGUACAAUUCUUACCUUCAAAGAAGAUUUGCCAUU